CUCUGAACUCUCCUCACAUUUUCAACAGGCUGCGCAGGGGACAGGAUCUAAGAGAACAGGAAUCCCUGUGUGUGUGUUUCUUGUGUCUGUGUGUGUGUGUGUCCGAGAGUGAAUGAGUGGAAAAGGAGUACAUAAAUCUGUCUUACAGAAACUUCCACGCUGGCCAUUGGGCUCAGGACUGGAAGAUACAGAGAGGUUAUUCUGAGGAAGAAGAGGAGCUACACUGUCACAUAUUUGAUCUGACUAAAAGGGGAAGAAGAGGAGAAAGGAGACAUGUCACGUGCAAUCCCGAGAAGAAACACCAGCAAGCAAGGUUUGCAGAACCUCUUGAAAAUCACCACCCAAAGGAGCGUUGAGGAUGCAGAGGAGGUGGAGCGAGAGCGUCGGCGGAGGGCCCGGGAAUCCUACCGCAGUAUGGGCAGCAGCAGCACCUCGGACCCUGGAGGCCUUUCACUAGACAAUGUGGUCCUGGCUGAGGACGGCCUGUAUGAGAGUGAUCUGAAGCCUAGCAGCAGCUCUCCUUCUAUGGAGGAGGACGAGGGCUUCAGUGACUGGACCCAGCGGUUGGAGAGACGCCGGCAGCAGGCCCAGCGCAUGGAGGAGCUCAGUCAGGCCCCAGAGGAGCAGGACCAGAGGCCCCUGAACGGUGCCGCAAAGGCCCCCACACCACAUACCCUCUCUGCCUCAGCCACCCCCACCACAUCCACCUCUCGUCUGCAGAGACAACACAAGGCAGAAGCGGAGGAUGAGGAAGAGAAGAAGUUGUUCCAGUUGAAGGAGAAGAGAAAAGAUGUGAAGGUCUCCUACACAUCCCAAGUCAUCCUGCAGACGGAGGCAAAGCAUGCUAACACCAACGGAGACACAGCUGGGGAGGAAAUUACAUCAUAUAUGGCCAAAACCAAAUUAAGAGCUCCCAGGGCUGUGGUACAAGUGGCAGGGGUCGAGACCGAGGAGGAGGCGGAGGCCAUCUUAGAGGCCAAGCUGGUGAAGAUCCGGCGUAGCCAAGCAGAGAAGGAGAACCAGGAGCUUGAGCUGCUCAGACACAAGCAGGCUGAGGCCGAGCAGGAUCUGGAGGAGCUGAAGAGGAGGAGGGAGGAGAGACGCCAGGUCAGGGAGGGGGAGGAGCGCAGGAGCAGGGAGGAGGAGCAGCAGCGCCUGGCCAAGGAGGAGGAAGAAAAGAGGAGGAUGAAGGAGGACAUAGAGAGGAGGAGGAUGGAGGCAGCAGAGAGGAUGAAGAGCCUCAGUACCUCCAGUGUGGACGGAGAUGAGUUGUUUAGCCCGCUCAAUCCUAAAGGCUCCAUCUACAAGAUCACAGAAAGAACAGAAUCCUUGAACCGGUCCCUAAAGAAAAGCAACAGCUUCAAGAAGACACAGCCCCCUGUUCUCCUCGCCAAGAUCGAUGACAGGCUGGAGCAGUACACCCACGCCAUUGAGUACUCCCAGGAGGCCAAGGCAGCCAAACAGGGCCUGAUGGACAUCCCCAUGUCACCUGAGGCAGUGUCCUCCAAGAAGCACUUGUUUGAGGCUGGAGAGGCUUGGAACCAGAGCCCGUCCAAAGGCACACCAUCCAAGAAUGCUGAGGGUCUGAAAGUGGGUGUGGCAGACCUGAUCACCCAGUGGGUGAAGGGGAACCCAGAUGGCACAAGCAGGAACUCGCCCCCGAGACCAGCUGAUGUAAAAGCUGGUGACGUGAUGCAGAAAAAGAACAUGUGGGAGAUCAUUGGAGAAACAUCCCCUGGGAGAUUAGGGGCAAAGGGCAAUCCAUCUGGUAAAAGGUACAAAUUUGUGAUGACUGCUCAUGGCAAGUAUGCGAAGAUUCCUGUUGAUGAUGAUGAAUAUAUGGAUGAGUACACCAAUGGAAAAGCAGACCUACCCCAUGGUGAAUAUUGAAAAACAUGUGUUGGUGGCAAAGACUUUCUUCUCAAGACGGUAUGAACUUCAACAACACCGUUUGCUUGUCAGGCAACCCUGUGAUAAUAUCCUGAAGUAGUAUACCUUUAUACCUUUCCUACCACCUUUAGUAGGUAACUUUAGAGAACUUUUAAAAAUGGUUAGCUGUUGCUUUGUUCUGUGUGUCUGUAUAUUCAGAUUGUACAAAGCAAUGAGAACUCCCCAAUUCCAUUUCAUCUCCAGACAUGUACAAAACAUCUUCUGUUUCCGUGACAUAGACUGACCAGAUGAAUCCAGGUGAAUGCUAUGACCCCUUAUUGAUGUCACUUGUUUAAGUCACUUCCAUAGGUGUAGAUUAAGGGGAGGAGACACAUUAAAGAAGGAUGUUUAAGCCUC